CACACACAAAUGAAAGAAAGAGUCAUUCUUAAUCUUAUGCUUUUAUUACCUCUCUUAAUAUUACUUCAACUCUUGAACCCACCUCAUUAAUUUUCUUACAACCCCAUUAAUUUUAUUUAAUCAAAAUUUAAUUUUUGUUCAUUCUAUUGUGAAACGGAAAUGAAGGGGUCUCUCCCCUUUUUGUGGGUCGGAUCUUGUACUUAUACAACUGUCACAUCUUCACCUUCAUCAUGAUCAUGAAAUAAUGCACAUUUCAUGUUUGUGAUAUUGUUUCUUACUGGUUUUGGUUUUGUUUUUGUUUACAUAUAUAUAUAUUUAGAUCAGAUUCAUAUAUAUAUAAUUCAGUGUUGUGGUGGGUGAAUCAAUGGAGGAGAAGCAGAGGAAGUUUGUUUGUAAGUAUUGUUUCAAGAGAUAUCCUUGUGGAAAGUCUCUUGGUGGUCAUAUAAGAACACAUAUGAGUGAGCAAAGAACUCACAAUGCUGCUGCUGCCGCUGUUGCUGCUGCUGCUGUUGCUGAUGCUCGUGUUUUCAAGGUAGAUCAUGCUGUUAGGAACAAGAGAGAUUCGUCGUGUUCCGAAGGUGUUGGUGCUGAUGGAAACAAUAGUUAUGGUCUUAGAGAGAAUCCGAGGAAAACAAUGAGGUUUGUGCAUUCGAAUCAUCAUCGUGAUCGUGAUCGUCGUCAUGAUGCUGCUGCUGCUGCUGCGGAUAUGGAGCAUGAAAUGAUCAAAUUCUGUAAAGAAUGUGGGAAGGGAUUUCCUUCGUCGAAAGCUCUUUGUGGUCAUAUGGCUUCUCAUUCUGAGAAAGAGAAAAAGAUCAAUAGAUUUGAUCAAGUUAUGGAGGAUAGUCAAUCUGAUGAUGAUACUGAUGAUGCUUGUGCUGUUGCUGAAACAAUGAAUCUGAGGAAAUCAAAAAGAAGAAUUAGGUUCAAGUCUCUUACUCUUUCGAAUCAGAAUCAAAAUCUAAUUCAAAAUCAACCUUCUUCUUGUUCUGUUGAUGGUUCUUCAUCUAUGUCAGAGAUGGAACAAGAACAACAACAAGAGGUUGCUAUGUGUUUGAUGCUUUUGUCUAGAGAUUUUUUUAGUCAUAAGGGUCGUUUUGUUUCUGAAUCUUCUGAUAAUAAUAGCGCGGUUGUUUUAGAGACGAAAUCGUACAUUUCUGAUAAAAAGAUUGUUAUUAGAAAUUGUAACAAAUUUGUCUCUAGUAAUGAUGAUCAUCAUGAAGCUGCCGAGAAGAAGCUGAAGCUGAAGUCUGUUGGGAUUGGUGUUUCGAAUAAAUCGGAUUCGAGAGAUUUCAGAUAUGCUUCCAAGAUCAAAAUUGUAGAUUCAAAAGCUUCAAACUUUGAAUUCAAGAGGCCGAAAGUGGAAGAAGAUAAAUCUGGAUUCGCGGAUUGCAAAAGCAAAUACAAUGUAGCAACAACUGGGUUUAAGAAACCAGGGAUGAUGAAUAAGGAUUUGGAUCAUGAUUCGAGAAAGAAACCGAACUAUGAAGGAUUUGGUUUCAACAACGGCAACAAGAAUGAAGAAAUCAAUGAAGAUGUUAGAAACAGUUUGAAAUACGAGUUUUAUGGUAGCGAAAAGGACGAUGAUUCUUCGUAUGUUUCAACAACAGAUGAAGAGAGUGAUGAAGAAAUCAGUUCCGAAAGUGAUUCAUUCCUUGCUGCAAAAUCUCAUAACAGCAAAAAGAAAUCAAGUAACAAAGCUAAGAAGAAGUUGAAGUCAAAGAAAAGCAAGGAAUAUGAGUGUCCAAUUUGCUACAAAAUUUUCAGGUCAGGACAAGCAUUAGGAGGACAUAAAAGAUCACAUUUUGUUGGAGGAUCUGAAGAGAACACUACUUUUGUCAUCAAACAAAAUGCUGCUGCUCCUUGUUUGAUUGAUCUCAAUCUACCUGCUCCUGUUGAUGAAUAAACAAAAUGACCAAAUGGGUUAUCUUUGAUUUUACUUUUACAUCAUUUUUUUUUCAAGCUUCUUCUAUUAAGGUACCUUAAUGAAUAUCUUGAAUUUUAAGAAUGUUUUUUUUUGUCAUUAUUCCAUAUGAUGAUAGCAAACUGUUCAGGAUUUGAAUCCUGAUGUUGACGUUCAACCUAACAAUAUCGAUUUUUUCUCAGUUGAGUUAGGAUUUAGGACUUGUUGUUUCAUGUUAAUGAUGGAACAUGACAAUUUCAUAGUCUUGAAAAAUUUGUUUCACCAUUGAUUGAUUGAAUCAAUAUUCUAAAUAAUUGUGAGUUGAGGUAGUUGUAAGGUUGCCUAGGAUUAAGGUAGGAGAAGCAUAUAAUUGCAGCAUGUGUACGUGUUAUACACGUAGUUCUAAUAGUAGAAGAAUUUGUAUACUUUUUCUCUUCAUGCCAAUUACUAUAUGUGGUGUGGUGUUGCUUAUUCAAUUCAUUUACGUUGGAGUGUAUGAGAGGACCACAAAGGUAUCAUACUGCCUUCUGAUCUAUCAUGUGGGCUCAACAAACAAAUUUGGGGCACUCGAGAAUCAAAUUAACUCGCAUAUGAACAAAAUUGUAUGGUAUGUAUGUGUGGAAUUAUUACAAUGAGAUAAUGCCGGUUCAUUGGACCGCCUAAUCUAGUCCGGGGUCGAACCGUAUUCUUCUUUACCAAGUUCAGUGUCAAUCAUUACUGGACCAAUUAACAAUUAGUGAUUGUGUGCAAUUUUGUCUGGUUCUAUAAAUCUGAAUUUGUGGGUGAAUUGAAACACGAGUAAAUGGUAAUUAAGUGCAAUAAGUUGGUGAAGAAUUAAGUGGAUUAGUGGGAUCAUGCUUAGUGAUGAGGGAACAAUUGUUGUCUCUAUUACACAUAAAGUAAAUUGCUAAGCAUCAACUUUUCUGCCUCAGUGUGACAAAAAAUAUGAACAGUAUUUAUCUAGAUUGCUCUGGCCGGCAGAAUCACAAAUUGUUUUGAUCAAGUGGCAGGAAAACAUAAAAUACUAGGAACUGUAGUUUGUUUGGGAUGAAAGAGUUUAUUCAAGUUGUUCAGGAAGCUAAAAUUUAAUAGGUGAGGAAGUGAAAUUUCAUAACUUUGAAAGUGUGCUCUAGUAAUUAAAUGUUUCUGUACAACUAUCAACUGAACUAAGUGGCUGGAACCCGCACCUAUGUAACUUGAUGUUUCUUCACAACUAUCAACUAAGGUAACAUAACAGGGCUAUUUAUUCUCUUUCUUAAAGUAUGUUAUCUAUCAUGUUGUUUUUUCUUGUUUGAUCAUGCAAAUUGAAUUAGAUAAAAUAAAGUCGAGCUAAGGUCGUCUUUUAGGGUGGGGUAGGUGAACUACUGCACAAAUCUAAAAUUUAUCAUAGUUAAACUAUCCUAAAUUAUUUGUCACAAUUAAAUCGGGGUUAAAUAUGACCUUUAUUUAUUUUAUCAUAUUUAAAUUACUGUUAAUCUACAUAGAAAUUCCAAAAACUUGAGAUCGGUUAAUGCAAGACAAUUUUGUGAGCUCGUCUAAUGUUGAAAUAUUCAGCUAAACUUUUGUAAUUUUGUCACCUUUUUAAGAAAUAAUUAAAAAAUUUCCUAAAUUCAUAACAAGGUAUGUAGUACUAGUAUUAAGUUAUUAUUGACUUUAUAAUUGAAAUGUUGAAAGGAAUAGUAGUCACUAUUUGUCUGCAAUAGAAUUUCUGUUAAACUGUGUACAGGCCAUGAUGU